CGUGUGUAAAAUAUUUUCGCCCCAGAGCUCACCACUUUCAUAUCCAGUUCUCCACGACUCGACGAAGGGCGUCGCUGGGACAAGACACAGUUUGAAAAUUAAUUCUUUUUGCUUAUUUCAUUUAAUAAGAAGAAAUUUGUGUGAAAAAAAAACUAAAAAAAAAAAGAAACUAAUUCCCAAUUCCACUAAUAUUUGUGCUGUGGAACAAUCAAUAAAUUUCUCAUUGAAAUUAUGUUCGGGAUUUACUAAUAAUUCUGCUGGACUUUCUUUCUCUUCCAAAACUGCAAAUCGAUUUUAGUUUGUGUGUUCUUUUCUGCUUUUUUUUUUUGUUAUUUUCACGCGUCCGCGGUGAAUACACCUUCCAUGGAUUUAUUAUAUUUUACCCAGAAGUGAGUGAGAAUAGAGCAGAAUUUUUUUUUUUUUGAGUGCCUCUUUUUGUGGAGUGCGUGUGUGUGUUUAUUAUAAAAUUUUUGCAGCUGUUUACACCGUUGAGUGCAAUUAUUAUAAACGAGUGAUAAGCUUGACAAUAUUUUGCAAUUUUUUUUUUGUUUCCUCUAAAUUUUGUAUGUAAACUCUUGAAUCUCUCUCUCUCGCUUCCACCCUCUUAAAUAGAUAAAAUACCAGCCGGUUCCAACGACAUCAUUUUUCUCCAGCUGAAAAAAAAUUGCGGCAGUCAAAUUACUAAUACAUACGUUGAAUUUUCACAACUUAUUGGAUCUUCAAUUACAAAGAUUUCGGUACAACAUGAUUUGAAUUAUUUAUCUCAGUGGAACGGAUUGUGCUUUGGAUAUUCUGCUGCAAUACCUUUACUUUUGGCUUUCAACAAACAAACAAAAAAUAUCAAAUAAAAGAAACUUUUUAUACUGCACACAAUUUUCUUCUUCGGGGAGAAGCACACAAACAUGAUUUCGCUAAGCUUCCGCAAUUUAUCAUUACUUACAUUAUGUUUUCUUCUAUCAACAAAAGCAGAGCGCGACUUUAAUUUUAAUGAUGAUAUACAGAUAUCAUUUAGUGAACCCCAAGAGGAACCCAAAAAGAUUUUACUUUACAAAAAUCCUUACACAAUAGAAUACUCACAAUGUCCAUAUACAGAGAGUAAAAUAAUGCUUUCACUAAUUCUCAAAUCGAAUGACUGGAAAGAUCUCAUAGAAAAGAAACGAACUAAAAUUCUUAAUAAGCUAUCGAAAUUCUUCGCUAUUCCAAAGGAAUUUAUAGACUUUGAUUCUGUGACGAAACGAGAAAUCUUAGAUUUGUCCAAAAAUGCAAUCAGAAAAGGACCAAAUAAGUCUGAUACUAGUAGAAGAUUGGGUAGAGUUGACUUUACGAUUGGAUGUGACCAGAGUUAUUUUGCUGCUGGCGAACCAAUUUCUAACCAAAUCGCAUUGCAAAUGAAGGAUGGAUCACUCAAUGAUAUUGCUGGUAUCGAUUUUGGUUGGUGGGUCAUCUGGCGGAAAAAACUAAGCAACAGGGUUCAACGCUUCCGACGACAAGCUGAAGGGUCCGGUGAAGAAGAAUACGAAUAUGACUAUGAAGACGAAGAUGGAGAUGAUGAACUUGAGGAACCUGUUACCGAAAUUCCACAAGUGACAACACACGCUCAUCGUCACCACCAUGGCGUGGCAAAGCCCGAAAUCACAGAAACAAGCAAAGUCAAGAAAAUCCCUCUUGACAAAAAUAUUGUUGAAAACCCAAAUAAAAUUAAGCACAAGAAAAAUGAUUUCAAACCGCUUGUCAACAAUGAAAACAUUGACGAAGAUAUGGCUAGAGGUGUUACAAAACUGGAAUUUGAUAUAACAAAAACAAUCGAGAAUACAAAGAGAUUAAAGGAUCUGCCACCAUUCGUUGACUCUGAAAUAAAUUCAUCCCCAUUACAAGAAGACUUCAAGGAUAUACUUAAGAAUAACGAUGAUUUUGUUAUUGAUGAUUUCGACCUAACAACUCCUUUGCCAAUUGAUGUAACAACAACUACUACAAGAACAACAACACGUUUGCCAGUAUUAAGCAGGGAAAAGAACAUCAGCAGCAGUAGUAGAAGUAGUAUGACGACGACGACGGCAAAAUUAAACAAGAGCACAACAGUUUCUCUUGAAAAACCUGCAACUGUCGUCACCCCUCAAAUAUUGUUAGAACAAACGACACUUUUAACAAGCACAACCCCAACUACAUUGUUGCCAAAGCAACCCGAUGAUAGUAGUACUUUAGUGCCAUUAAUAACGGAUGAAUUAGUAACUAACAAAGUGAAUACAAAUCAAAUGACUAAAACAACAACAGUUGCAACAACAACAACAUCAACCGAAAGCAACAUUGUUAUAACGACACCAAUUGUGCACGUCUCAACACCAAACAUAUUGGCUACAACAUCAACCAUUAUACCAAUAACUUCAUCAAAUCCAUCAUCAAUAACAACAAUUACACCCCCGGGGGUUACAGAACAAAUAAUUGAACUAACAACGCAAAUGCCAAUCACGACAACUACAGUCGCCACAAGUACUACCAUCUCAACAGCAACAUCUGCAUUAGUUGUUAACAAAAAGAAUGACACUCCUGUUCCACGUGUAUUGGAUGAAGAAUCAACAUCUAUUUUACCAAUUCCAUUAUUCGAAGAUAACGAAGAAACCGAAGUUUUGACCACACCGGAAACUGAAGAAAGCCCUGUGGUAAAAUUCGAUAUUUUCUGUUUGGCAUUGCAAAUGUCUUCUAAUAUUUCAAACUGUUCUAAUUUUAUAUUAACUUCCCAGCCAACAACAACUUCAACACAACUUCCAUUAACUACAACAACGGAAAGUACGACAACAAGCACCACAACACCAUCAACAACUUCCACGACCACAACUACAACAACCACGACAACAACUACCACGACCACUACUCCAAAACCAACAACCACAACUACUAUUCCUACUACAGAGUUUGUUGAGCCCGAGCCAGUCAAUACACCACCACUCAUUAAGAAUCGCCUCAAGAAGCACCCAGUUACCGCAGGAAAACCAUUCACCUUAACUGUGCCAUUGGAAACCUUCUAUGACAGUGAAGAUGGAACUAACUUGCGAUUGGAUCUUUUAGAUAAAAAUGGCAACGAACUUAAGUCGACGUCAUGGAUUCAAUUUAAUGCAGAGUCUAGAGAAAUUUACGGAUUACCCCUCGAAGAUGCUGUGUCAAGGUGGCAAUAUAAAUUGGCUGCGACAGAUAGUAGCAAUGAAACAGUGCUGGAAACUGUUGACAUAUCUGUUCAGCAGCAUAAGGGACACCGUAGUGUCAACCACGAAAUAAGCAUUGGAGUUAAACUAAUUGAGAAGUAUGUUCGUAAUAUUGAUUGGCAACUUCGAUUGAUUGAAGGAAUUGUAAGCACACUUGGUGACGACUCAAUGUUCGCUAUCGUGGUCAGGGAAGUCCGUCAAAAUCAACUUGAUCCUAAUACAGCAACUUUCAUUUACACAAAUGAAACACUACCGAAAAGUGAAUGUCCAGAUGAGCAGCUAAAUGAAUUGGUUAAACGUCUAAAUGAAAAGUUGUCCGAGGCUGUACAGCCAGAACUUAGCGUUAAGUCCGUCACUGGUCAAACAGUCGGUCCCUGCCAAAAGCAGAGUGUACCUAAGCCAAAACCAACAUCACAUAUGGCAAAGAACUACCCGCCUGUGCCAAGAAAUCAAGUGGACCGUGUCAAUGCCACUGUUGGGCAUCUACUUGUGUACAAGGUUCCAGCUGAUACGUUUUAUGAUCCAAAUGACGCUACAGAUCUUAAAUUGUCUCUACUGACAAAUGAUCGAAAAGAAAUUGGCACGCGUCAUUGGUUGCAGUUUGAUUCGAAAAAUCAGGAAUUCUAUGGUAUUCCAAAGGGUGGUGAUAUAGGCUCUGAAGAAUAUUUACUUCAAGCUGAGGAUAGCGGUGGAUUGACAGCAACCGAUGCCCUUGUGGUUGUUGUUGGUCAUGCACCAAAACGAGAAUACAGUGUUUACUUUAAAGCGUACUUGGCCAUUCGACAUGAGCAAUUUAAUUCGGAUAUGCAGAGAAAAUUUGUAGAACGUGUUGCACAAUUAUUCGGUGAUCAUACAACACAAUUUAUACAAGUCAGAUCAAUCACCACACACCAUGAUUCAGAUGGAACCAUUGUAAACUUUUACAAUACAACGCUAUAUAAAUCACACAAUCGGUGUCCCGAAGAAGAAAUUGAAGCAGCUAGGAAUGUUUAUUUCCAUCAAGACACUCUUCUUCGAGAUCGUGUUAGGAAAACUAUAGGAAGUGAAUUUAAUUUGACAAAUGUUCAAGUUAUACCUCUAGGAUCUUGUCAUCGUAAGUAAAACAAAAUUGGAAGCAAUAACACAUUACAUACAUUUUUUGUGUUAAAUUUAAUUUCAGCUAUUAUACCGGAUGUCAUUCAUCGUGACACUAUCCCAAUUAAGACUGAAGAACCAAAUACAACUUCGACAUUCACCGAUGACUAUUUGUUUACAUUCAUUUUACCAGCAGUUAUUAUAGUGGUAAUGAUUGUUUUAGCAUCGGUGAUAGCAUGUGUCUUGCAUAGACGUCGCCUUACUGGUAAAAUGGAGUUGGGUGAUGAAGAAGAACGAAAAUCAUUUCGCUCUAAGGGAAUUCCAGUAAUUUUCCAAGAUGAGUUAGAUGAAAAACCUGAAAUUGGUAAUAAAUCUCCUAUAAUAUUGAAGGAUGAAAAGCCACCAUUGCUUCCACCAUACAACAGUACAAAUUUGGAUGGUGACAACGAUGUUGAUGAAUAUGUUCCUCCACCAGCAGUCAUUGUUGGCGGUCGGGAAAUGCGAGGAAAAUCUCCAGUUACUCCAUCCUACAGAAAGCCUCCGCCAUAUGUAUCGCCAUAAGUAAUUCAAAAAUCCAUUUUUAAGCUUAAAACUCGAGUCACAAAUGCAAAUGAUAAAUACGAAAACAUUUAUUUUGAUUUUUAAUUACAUAAUUCUUUUUGGCAACUUUAAA